GCACUUGCCUGACCAUUGUGCGAGCAUGGCCGCCAAGGCAUGUGUGGAUGCUCUGUGCGACUACGUACGAGCGCACCACGGCUACGUGCGCGUGGCAAACAUCGAGGCGUUCUACUCGUCGACCAAGCCGCGCAAAAAGCACAAGGUCACUGUCACAGCCGCCGGUGGCGUCGAAGCCUUCAUUGCAGCUCAUGGGGCGUCUGCAGCCUACCCACUCGCCGUGGCCGCGCAUGCGAUUCAAUUUGCUGCGACGUCUGAAGCCAUCAAAGCACUCGGCGAGGCGUCGCUGAACCGCGCCACAACAGACAUCGGGUGCUUCUUGGGUGUCUUCCGUCAGGCUCACCGUGCGUACGGUUUUAUGUGGACGACGACGAAGAUUGCUUCGUGCACCGAAUUCAUUGAGAUACACGGGUGUCUGGACCAAUUCCAGCUCGCAAUCGUUGGGGGCAAGAAGCUGCUCGACAUCACAUGGACCCGACAAGCAGUGUCGCCGCCGCCGACAACCACUCCGCCAGCGGCUGCGGUACCACCAGCUCCAUACAAGUACAUUACGACUGUGCAAGGCGCCAAACAAGCCUUCGCGGUCCUCAAGCAGUUGGACGUGCUCUUCAUGGACCUCGAAGGUGACUUGGAGGCCACUGGUAAGAUGUCGCUGCUCCAGGUCUCGUGCCGGUCGGACUGCGUCUACAUUCUCGACGUCUACACGUGCCCGGCCAUCUUGCGCGAGCCCGAGAUCGUCGCCGUGCUCACGUCCAAGCUUGCUGUCUUGCACGAUGCGCGUCACGACUACAUGGGUCUCGCGGGGCAGUUUAACCUCCGUUUGACCAACCUCUUUGACACGCAAGUCGCGCAUCAAGUGCUGACGAGCAGUCCCAACACGCUCAUGGGCCUCAACAAGAUUUUACACCAGUACGCCGGCGCGAUCAACACACAGAAAGACUCGGUGCAGCACGGUUUUGGUCUCUGGGACCGCCGCCCGAUCGAAGCCCAGCGCCUCGACUACGCUGCGCAGGACGUCAAGCAUCUUCCGGCUGCCUACGCCCGCAUGAAGAGCCUCAUGACCACCGAUAUGUACAACGACGUGCUCUCAAAGUCGCUCGCUCGGGCGCAGCUCGGUGCUGUACCCCAAGGUGCCCACGACGCGAUGCGACGUCUCGGCAAGUACAUUGUGAGUCUCGGCGGAAAGUUGCCACUCACCAAGAUGGGUGACUACUACACCAAGCACCCGAACGACAAGGGCGUCUUCAAGCCGUCGAUUUCAACGUUCCUCCGAAAGCACGGGCCACAGGCGUCCCCGCCCAUUCUAGUCGACGGUGACGUUGCGUGGGUCGAAGACGGCACCAAGCCGCUGACCGUCGCAUCGGUGCUCAAGAUCCUCGGUGGUUUUAUUGCUGAGAACGGCGGUCGCAUCCCGGGGUCGCACCUUGGGGUCCUCUACAAGGAGUACCCGGGUAUCAGCGCGGUCAUAUUCGCGAACGGCGGCAACGCGUCCGGCUUUGUCAAGGCCCACGGCGCGUCGGCGACGCCCCCGAUUCGCUGCACCGACGGCGAUUUCUUUGUCGGCAAUCAGGCGGCCUCACCCGCCGACGACCCGUCGCCGGCCAAGCUCUUCAAGCUCUACGGCGCCAAGUUUACCGCCGACAAGUAUGGCGUCGAGAUCACGGACGACGGUGCCUUUCGUAAUGUUGUCGAGACCAAGACGUCAGCGACUCAGUUUUACAAGGUAACGAACCGCGCAACCGAGUCGAUCACGCUGCGCCGGGUCUUCCAAGUCGCGACGUCCAAGGGUAGUACGCCCUUCAAGUUUGGCCCGAAAAUCGGCACCAAUAUUGUCUUUGCACCCAACACAGAGCUCAGCAUUCCAUGCCACUUUUCGCCUAAAGUGCCCGGCCAAUACAAGACGAUCCUCGCGUUUGAGUUUGUGACGCGUCAAGGCACCGUCGUUUUCAUUGGCCGUGUCGUCGAAGGCGUCAACGCCAUCGAUGCGAGUAUGGACGCAGAGACACGUGCUGCGAUCGCGGCCGCCCCCGUCAAGCGCCAACGACGCAAGCAGCGCGCCAAUCUCCACUUCGUACCGCCGAACGGUGGUGACAAGCACUCGGCCAAGAGCACAAAAUCCAAACGCAAUGUGCCGUUGGCGUCGUAUCCGGUCCCAUCACCGCUGCCGGCUGUGGAUUUUGACGGCCCGUUGAGUCUCGUCAACUACCAAGUGCGACUGCGGCACCUGCUGUACCACGAAGAGCUCGAGCACCUCCGGCAGCAGGCCGAGUUUGACAUGGACGGUGCGCGCCUCAAGUUCAAGACACCGGAUCUCUACGAGCUCGCUGUGCCUGGUCUCGCCGAAGGCCGACCGUCGCUCAUGACGGGCGACAAAGUGUGGCUCUCGCGCGGCGCCAAGACGUUCCAGGGCACCGUGAGUGACGUGCGUCUCGAUGCGAUUUACAUUGCGACGCCAACGUCGUUUCGAAGCGCGUACCAAGCGGGCGCGGCCUUUAACGUGCGCUUCAUCAUGUCGCGGACGCCGAUGCGCGAGAUGCACCAAGGCCUCGCUAAUAUCUCGCUGGCGAUGCACGAAAUGCUGCUUUUCCCGUCGCCAGCAGUGCCAAACGCCGUUCGAUCCCAGCGAUCGCUCCAGCCAACGCGCCCGAUCAACCCCGAGCAGCGCAAGGUCGUCGACGAUGUUCUCGAUCACGUCGUCUCGUCGGCCAAGGUCAAGGCGCCCUACUUGCUAUUUGGGCCGCCCGGCACGGGUAAAACUGUGACGCUCGUCGAGACGAUUGUGCAGCUGCUCCGAGCCAAGCCGGACGCCAAGAUCCUCGUGUGCGCACCUUCGAACGCGGCGGCCGACAAUGUCGUCGAGCGCCUUGCGCCGCAGCUGACGCCCGCCAAGCUGUUGCGUGCGAUGGCCUUUAGCCGCCGCGUCAAAGGCACGCCAGAUGCCGUACUUCCCUUUACCAAGACCAACGGCGAAGGCGGGUUUACGCCUGUGACGCUGAGCGAUGUCAAGGCGGUCUCUGUCAUUGUCUCGACAAUCGGGUCGGGCGCCAAGCUCUACAACCUCGGUGUCACCCGCGGAUAUUUUAGCCUCAUUGCGAUCGACGAGGCGGCGCAGGCGUCCGAGCCCGAGGUUAUCACGGUGCUGGGUCCGCUGGCGCUGACGGGGACUGCCGUGGUUCUUGCGGGGGACCCGAUGCAGCUCGGGCCCGUCAUCAAGUCGGACGUGGCCGCCAAGCAUGGCCUUAGCAUGUCGCUCAUGGAGCGGCUCAUGCAGCGUGAGUUGUACGCGACGUCCCACAAGACCAAGCUGCUGCGCAAUUAUCGGUCCCACGAAGCCAUUCUGACGGUCCCCAACGCGCUCUUUUACGACGGCGAGCUCACGCCGCACGCACCAAAGAGCGCAUCGCACAACAUGCUGGCGUGGCCGAGCCUCCCGAACGCGGCGGCGCCGAUCCUCUUCCACGGCAUCACGGGCGCCGAGAUGCAAGACGCCGACUCGCCGUCGUGGUACAACUUGUUUGAGCUCCACGCUGUGCUGACGUACAUUCAAUCGCUGAAAUCGUAUCCUGGCCUGCGCCUCGAUGAGAUUGGCGUCAUUACGCCGUACGCCAAGCAGCGCCAGAAGAUCCAGAUGGCGCUCCAAAAGCACAAGCUCGAUGGUGUCCAAGUCGGGUCUGUCGAGCAGUUUCAAGGCGGCGAGCGCCGCGUCAUCCUCGUCUCGACCGUGCGCAGCUCGACCGAGUUUUUUGCUGACGACGCCAAGUUUCGCCUCGGGUUCGUGUCGCACCCCAAGCGCUUCAACGUCGCGAUCACGCGGGCGAAAGCCCUCCUCAUCGUUGUCGGCAACCCCAACAUCCUGGAAACAAGCCAGACGUGGGCCCCCUUCUUGGAGCACUGCGUCCGUCUCGGUGCGGUUGCGGGCGCGCCGCCCAUGCGUGCGACGGCCAUGGUCAAGGCCGAGCACGCCAAUGACAGCGACUAUGACAGUAAUGCCGACGACAAUGACGACGACGACGACUAUGACAGCGACGAUGACGUGUGCGUCCAGUACGAGAUCAUGAUGGCUGAAGCUGCGGCGGCCCACCGCGCCAACGUGCAAGCCGAUGCAGUGGCCCGCGCAGCCCGGGUCGAAGAAGAGCGUGCGUACCGAGCCCGCUUGCAUGCAUGGGAAGAUGCCCGUGCUCGCGAGCUUGCGCUUCGAGAACAAGCCCGUCAGCGCGAUGUGUACAAUGCCGUGAUGGAGCAGCAGUAUCGCGCGCAACGCGAGUACGAAGAACGCAUGUACCGGAACGCCCGCGCGCAAGAGCACGCGGCGAUGAUGGCAGCCCAAGAGGCUGCUCGGCAGGCCAAGCACGACGAGUCGACAAGCGGUUGCUCGAUCCAGUAGAAGAAAAAAAGAGCCGUCAUGGUGCAUUCCACUUCUCAAUCAAAUGCAAUUUUCAUUCGAAGA